AUGACUAAGUAUUUGUUUACUAGGUACGAUGUACCGGAAUUGGGUACGAAUAUUUCGACCGAACACGUGGUGGUCUAUGGGGCCUGCACAAAAUUAAUAAAAGGCACUGACAGUUCAAUUCACGCUGGCAUUAGUCGACUACCAAGAAAUAAAGGCUUAGUUUUUUCUCUAUUAUGGCAGCACCAAAGGAAGUCGCGGGCUGUAAGCGGUAUCCUGAUCAUCAAAGGCAAAACAAAGGAAGUAUUUGAUUUACCAGAACAACUAGGAACAAAGACGGAAUCACAGCCGGCGAUGGAGUCAAAGACUCUUUUCUCAGGUCUUCAAAUUCCUAAAGGCAGCAGGUAUCAAAACAGCCUUCCUAAAAAUCGCAGCAGCAACAGCGUUCAUCUCGAAGAAAUGUGA